UUUCGAAGUCUCUAUGUUCGGCGUACACAAAAUGAUCAGUUGUUUAUUCAUCUGGCAGCACUUGUUUACUUCAGUACUUUUGACGUUAUCAGUAACAAUCAUCAGAGCCUGAGUAGUUGUGUUAGAAAAUAUUGUACUGUUAUUAAACAAAAUAUGACAAGACACGCGAGAAAUUGUACGGCUGGUGCUGUUUAUACGUAUCAUGAGAAAAAGAAAGAUGCGACGGCAUCAGGUUAUGGAACAAAUACACAGAGAGUAGGCAAGGAUUCUGUUAAGGAUUUUGACUGUUGCUGUCUUACGUUACAACCAUGCCGAAAUCCUGUUAUAACGAAAAAUGGUUAUUUAUUUGACAAAGAGGCAAUCUUGGAAUAUGUUCUAACAAAAAAGAAAGAAUAUGCCAGAAAAUUAAAGGAAUACGAGAAACAAAAACAGCAAGAGGAGGAGAAAUCUCAUGAGAAAACUGCUAAUGAGGAACUACAAAAGCUACAAAACUUUCUGAAGGGGGAGAAAAAUAUUGUUUCCAGAAGUCAAAUUAGACAAGAUGAAUCAGCUUCUUCAGUUUCCAAUAUGUGCAAUGGCAAAGAUAAAAUAUUACCUAGUUUUUGGAUUCCUUCUAAAACACCAGAAGCAAAAGAAAGAGUAUUACAGAAACCAGAUAAAACAAUUUAUUGUCCUAUAAGUGGAAAACCAUUGAAAAUAAAAGAUCUCGUACCAAUAAAAUUUACAGAAGUAAAAGACCCUGAUGAUAGAAAAUCUCUUAUUGUUAAACAAGCACGAUAUAUGUGCCCUAUUACUCAUGAUAUUUUAAGUAAUAGUGUUCCAUGUGCAGUUAUAAAAACAAGUGGUGAUGUAGUGACAAUGGAAUGUGUAGAGAAAAUUAUAAAAAAAGAUUGGAUAAAUCCCUUAGAUGGCACAAAAUUAUCUGAAACAGACAUUAUACCUCUUCAAAGGGGAGGCACUGGAUAUGCAGCAGUCAAUGAUCACUUAGAAGGAAAAUAUGAAAGGCCAGUAUUACAAGCGUAAAUUUUAUAAACAUUUGAAAUUUAUUAACUAAUAUAUUUUAUGUGUAAAAAUUUUAAUAAAUUAAUUUUACAGAAAAGUAAAUAUUUAAUAAAUUGUAAUUUUACUUAAUUUUGAUAAAUGUAAAAUAUAGUAAAAUAUAAUUAUAGCAAAUAUAAUUAUAAUAUUACAUAAUUGGGUACACGUUGUGCCAUAGUUAUUUCAACGAGGUUUAAAUGUUAACAUGCAAAACCGUAAUACGUUUUAUAUCAAAUAUACAGGGUCUCUUCAUAAAGUUUAAGAUUAUAAUUUACAAAACCAGAUGUCUAUGACUUUAGUGUCUGAAAAUUGGAAAUGUCAUUAUCUGUUGUUUAGUUCGUAAACCUAUCAAAUUUCGUUAAACAUGGUUUUUAUUUAGUUAUGUUACUGUUUACAUUACAAACAUGUGUUUCAUAUUUUCACCAAUCUUUCAUAGUAAUUAAUUUUGAAGAGCACUUUCCUAAAAAUACUUUCCUAAUAAUAAUAGUCUAUAAUUGCGGAGGAAAACUAAUAAAAAAGCAAUUUCUUAUAGUAACUGUAGAAUUUGAUAGAGUUUAUUUCUCAAGAAGAAACUUUGCAAAUAUUUAAUAGAUUAAUAGACAUAACAUACAUAAACUCCGAAUUUGAAUUGGAUUGGAAUCUAAUAGAGAGACUAGAUUUUGGAGUCCUAUUGGAUAAGUGAGAUAAUCAGAUUUAACAGUUUAGAGAUAUUUUAUCCAUAGAGAUAAAUAUGGAUAAAAAUAAACUAUUUAUAGUUUUUUGGAAUUAUUCACAGUUAAUUCUUUUUCUUUUAUUGAUUGCAUUUUAUAAUAA